UGUGUGACGUCAGCGGAAGGUUAAAAGCCGCUGAUUGGCGACCAUCCGCUUGGUUUGUUUGUGUAUUUUCUGUCUUUGAGUUCUGCUGAAAGUGUUUUGAGUUCAGUCGACCCAUGGACGCGGUACAGAGACACAGAUCCAUGUACAAAGGCACGACUCCACCAUGGAAAGAAACGUACAGGAAGCGCUGUGUGGAGCGGCUGAAGAACAGUCGGUCGCGGUUACUGGAGAAGUUCAGACAGAUGGGAGACGAUUCGGGUGGAUCCAAACGCUCGCUGCUCGUUCAGGAGGUGAUGGAGGAGUGGAGCGCCUUACAGUCGUCCAAUCACGGUCUCCCAUCGCUGUGGAAUGGGAAUGGCAUCAGAGAUGUUUACACUGCGCAGCAAGAGUUUGAUGAACUUUCAGCGUUUGAGGAAAUUCAGCAGGAGCUCAUAGCGCAAGAGCUCUCGAUUCUAGAGGAAUAUAACAGCAGCGUGCGCUAUGAAGAACAGUAUUUAAAUUCAGUGUUGGAGGGAAUGGAGCAGGGUGGACAGAUCAUAUGCCCUAUAUGUCACGCGAAUAAUCUGACAGUGAACAGCCAUUUUACAUCAUGUCCAUGUGGCCUUUACGUCAACACGAUUGGUAGGAACGUUACAUCAGAGGUUUUACAGAAUCUUCUAGAAAGACGCGUGACGGAGCACAUGGAGGAUUGUCUUCACAACCCCGCCUUCUCUAUGGCCUUUAACACUGACGGAUCCCCAAACCUCAUGAUCAGCUGCAAGGUGUGUGACUAUCUGUCUGUCGUCCUGUGAGCGGUUCAUCCACAGCCUGAUGGAUGUUUUUAAAUGUUGUGAAUAUUUUAUUUCUGUGAAAUAAAGCAUUAUUUUUUAACUUA